AUGCUGCUCUAUUACUUGGCGGCCAUCUUCAAAGGUCUCCAUCCUCGAGUUGAUGAUGAUUUUGUUGAUAAGCUCAAUUACCAUUAUACCUCUGCCAUUAUCUUUGCAUUCGCAAUCAUCGUUUCUGCAAAGCAGUAUGUUGGAUAUCCAAUCCAAUGUUGGGUGCCAGCACAGUUUACGGAUGCAUGGGAACAGUAUACAGAAAACUAUUGUUGGGUGGAAAAUACAUACUAUUUGCCUUUAACAAGUGCUUUUCCGCUAGAAUAUGGCGAUAGGAGGGCUCGUCAAAUUAGCUACUAUCAAUGGGUACCAUUUGUACUCGCUCUUGAAGCUUUGAUGUUCUACAUUCCAUGCAUUAUGUGGCGAGGUUUAUUACACUGGCACUCAGGGAUAAAUGUGCAAAGUCUAACACAAAUGGCUUGUGAUGCAAGAAUGAUGGAUGCAGAUGCAAGAGCAGCAACAGUACAAACUAUUGCUGGACAUAUGGAAGAUGCUCUGGAAAUACAAAGGGAGGUAACAGAUGUAUCCGGAAUGUGUGUUAGUAAGAGGUGGGGUUCAUAUGUGACUUGUCUGUACGUAUUUAUUAAAACACUAUAUUUGAUCAAUGUUGUGGGGCAGAUAUUUUUAUUGAAUACUUUCCUCGGUACUGACAAUAUCUUUUAUGGUUUCCAUAUACUCAAGGAUCUGCUCAAUGGUCGUGAAUGGGAAGUAAGCGGUAAUUUUCCCCGCGUCACUAUGUGUGAUUUUGAGGUACGCGUUCUCGGUAAUGUUCACCAUCAUACUGUACAAUGUGUACUGAUGAUAAAUAUGUUCAAUGAGAAAAUAUUUUUAUUUCUGUGGUUUUGGUAUUUCAUGGUAUCAAUAGUAAGUAUGUUUUCUAUGGGUCACUGGAUGCUCAUGUCAUUUCUGCCAGGCCAG